AACCGCCCAGUUGAUGUGGAGAGACAGUCAUGGCGCCAGCACCGCGGGAAAUAAUCAGGCAAGUUCUCUUUGUUUGUAUUUUUAUCUUUGGGAGGUUCCGCGUGGAGUGUGAAACCAUGCACUAUUCUAUACCUGAAGAAACAGCGAUCGGCUCCUGCGUGGCUAAUUUUGCAAAGGACUUGGGUCUGGAUGUGAAAGCGUUGCCUUCUCGGCAGGCUCGGCUAGUUGCGGCUGGUAAUGGGGAGCAUUUCCUGUUGGACCCGAAAACAGGGGAACUGCUCACAAAGGACAGAAUAGAUCGGGAAGAAAUAUGUGCCCAGAUGGACGAAUGCAUCAUCCGUUUUGAAUUAUUGUUGCAAAAUCCAUUGAGGUUCUUCCGGGCAGAGUUAGCUAUUUCUGAUAUCAACGAUCAUUCGCCUCAGUUCCCAGAGGAUGAAUUCAUUUUAAAGAUCCCUGAAUCGACUCCCGUUGGCACUCGCUUCCCCCUGGAGAGUGCCCAGGAUUUAGAUGCAGGGGAAAAUGCCCUUCAGAACUACACGCUCACUCCAUCAAAUGAGCCCUUCGUUUUGCACACUAGGGAGCAGAGCGAUGGCAGCAAGUACCCGGAGCUGCUCCUGGUAAAGGCCCUGGACCGCGAGGAGCAACCAGAACUCGAGUUCAUACUCACCGCUGUGGAUGGUGGAAUCCCCCCCACCUCGGGGACCGCCAAGGUCCGUGUCAUUGUCUUGGAUGCAAAUGACAAUGCCCCAGUGUUCUCUCAGUCUCUGUACCAAGCUACUGUGGCAGAAAACAGUCCAAUAGGCUCAGAAGUGACUACUGUAUCUGCAGUUGAUUCAGACCAAGGUCGUAAUGGAGAAGUGACUUACUCGUUCAGUCAAAAUGCAGGUAAAGGUCAUCGUGCUUUUCAGAUAGACUCUCUGACGGGGGAAAUUCGAGUCUCUAAACCUCUAGACUUUGAAAUGACUGAAAAAUAUGAACUAAGUGUUAGGGCCACCGAUGGAGGAGGAUUAUCCUCGCAUUGUAAAGUCCUUGUGGAGGUGGAGGAUGUGAAUGACAACCCCCCUGAAGUGACAGUGACAUCUCUUUCCACUCUACUCCCUGAAGACUCUUUACCUGGAACAGUGGUGGCCCUUUUUAGCGUUCGUGACAAGGACUCUGGGGACCACGGGAGAGCCUCUUGUUCCAUUCCAGAUGACAUCCCUUUCAUCCUGAAGCCGAUUUUCAGCAAUUACUAUGAAUUAGUGACAGAUGCAGCCUUGGAUCGGGAAAGGGUUUCCAAUUAUAGCAUAAUGAUCACUGCCGUAGACUCGGGAUCUCCUAGUCUCUCAACUAGGGAAACUGUCACUGUGCAAAUAUUAGACAUCAAUGAUAAUCUCCCUCGUUUUAAUCAAUCGUCCUAUACUAUGUAUGUAACUGAGAAUAACAGUCCUUUCCUGAUGAUUGGAGCGCUAAGCGCUACUGAUUCAGAUUCGGGGCAGAAUGCUAAAGUGACAUAUUCUAUCUGGCCUGAGAACAAUAAUUCUCCCUUUUCCUCCCCAUUCAUUUCUAUCAAUUCAGAAAAUGGACAAGUCUACAUUCUGAAGACUCUUGAUUAUGAAGAAAUCAAAGACUUCAAAGUGACCGUGCAAGCGUCGGAUUCAGGGACCCCUUCCUUGAGCACUAAUGUCACGGUAUAUAUAGUCAUCGUGGAUGAAAAUGACAAUGCCCCAAUUAUUUUAUACCCUAUUCAGAACCACUCUGCUUCUUAUAGUGAACUGGUCCCUAGGUCGGCUGAAGAAGAUUACUUGGUUACUAAAGUGGUGGCUGUGGAUGAGGACUCAGGUCAGAACUCCUGGCUUUCCUACCAGUUACUUAAGGCAACCGAUCCUGGGUUGUUCAUUGUAUGGUCUCAUAAUGGAGAAGUUCGAACUUCGAGGUCCAUCAGCGACAGAGAUGCUAUCAGGCAGAAACUCAUUAUUCUUGUAAGAGACAAUGGCAUCCCAGUACUCUCUACUCUUGCAACACUCGACCUUCUUCUUGUAGAUGGCUUUUCAGAAGCUCAUAUGCACGUCCCAGAUUCUACUGAAGAAGAGACACAUGAUGACAAAUUAACUGUGUACUUGAUUAUUUCAUUGGCUUUAAUUUCUUUUCUCUUUCUAGUUUCUAUUUCAAUCUUUAUAGUUAUCAAAGUGUAUAAGAAGAAACAGUUGAAGGAGCGAUCCCAUUGCUUUGGCCAUUUCGAUGAUGCCAAUAAUAUUCCAAGAAAUUUAUUGGAUGUUACUGGCACAGGGACUCUCUUUCAGGCAUACAAAUAUGACAUGUGUUUAACAGAUGGCUCUAGUAAUAGUGAAUUUAAAUUCCUCAAACCUAUAAUCCCCAGCUUUCCAUCUCAGUUGGAGAAUAGCGAAAUGUUCCCUCAGGGGAAUUAAAGCUUUUCCCAAGAAUGAUAAAGAAGAAAAGAAAAUACUGAGACUUUGAUCUUGCUUAUGGUAUUUUCCAGAACCAGACGGAGAGAGGGGUGAAUGAAGAUUUCCAUAUAGUAUAAGCUUGUUCUUAUGUAGUCUUUAUAUCUUUGCUAAAUUACUAUUGAUUAUGGGUCCUCUUUUUUGAAAGCAUGCUUUACUUUUUGCAGAGCUUUUGUAGAGGAGUAAUUUUUCUUUUAGAAACUAGUAUACUUAAUAGGCAAUUUUUGAAGUACAAUAUGUAAUCAUCUCUAGUCCUUAAAUAAACAAUGGGUGUUUAUAUGCUUUAACAUUAGUAUACUACACAGAAUGCCCAGAACGAAUCACAGACUUUGCAUUUAGAAAGGGGGGGGGGGGGAAGAAAUGCUGAAAAGAAUGUUUCAGUAAUAUUACAAUACUUAUUUUGAACUGUCUAGAACAAUUGUCUUUUAUGUCAUCCUGAAGAUUUGAAAGAUGUUUGAGGGAAUGGUUAUGAUUUUUAAAUGUUGCUGUGUUUUAUUAAAGAUUUUAUUUCCAACAUAUUUCGUUGGUUCUGUUAUAUUGAAUUUAUAGAGAAAAAGUUUGGAAGAACCUCCAAAGAAGAAUAAUGAUAUCCAUAAGAUAGUUUUUCUAUUUCUACCAACCUCAAAAUUCUUCAACACUAAAAGUUUUCAACUUUUUCUCUUUUCAUUCUACAUCAUUAUCAUGUUCUACUUGUUUUCUUCUGCAAAUUUUUUGUGAGUUGAUUCUCCUCCUAUCCCAUAAAGAUAACCCAGUUGCAUCAUGUCGAGGCUACUAAGAGAUCUAAUUAGCUCACGCUGUCUCUCUCUCUCUCUCUCUCUCU